GGUGCCCUCUGUCAUUUCCGCUCUUUAGAGCAUACGAGUCUCACGUGUGUGGUUUCUUUUCCGGUUUGUCAAAAUGGGUAUCGAUAUUAAUCAUAAACAUGACAGGAAAGUGCGGCGAACGGAGCCCAAGUCGCAAGAUGUGUAUUUACGUCUUCUCGUCAAGUUAUAUCGGUUUUUGGCAAGGAGAACAAAUGCCAAAUUCAACCAAAUUAUAUUGAGAAGACUCUUCAUGAGCAAAAUUAAUCGACCACCUAUCUCAGUUGCACGUAUUGUACGAUUCAUGAAAAAACCUGGACGGGAGAACUGUGUUGCUGUGAUUGUCGGUACUGUCACUGACGAUGCUAGGAUUUUUGCAGUUCCAAAAUUGACGGUAUGCGCUUUACGCGUAACCGAGAAAGCUCGGGCACGCAUCUUAAAAGCCGGUGGUGAGAUCAUCACAUUUGAUCAGCUGGCUUUACGCGCACCGACCGGCAAGCGCACAGUUUUAAUGCAAGGACCGCGUAAGGCUCGCGAAAGCGUGAAGCACUUUGGUCCGGCACCAGGUGUACCACAUUCUCACUCGAAACCGUACGUGCGUUCUAAGGGACGAAAAUUCGAGAGGGCAAGAGGCCGUAGGCGCAGCUGCGGCUAUAAAAAAUAAAUUUAGCACUUCAAUGAUCGUUCCAUCAUUUGCAAUCAUUUUUCCAUACGAUUGAUUGGCUUGAAAAUAAAUAUUGAUUUAAUAACUA